CUUUGAAUAUGCGGUGUUGCAAAAGCUGCGCCGUUAAUUGUGGCCACAGCCAACGCCUGAUAUGUAUCGUGAUAAAUGGACGUAGCAGCCCCUCCACAUUCAGUUCUUUCGUGUGCCAUUCUAGCUCUAUCCAGUAUUGAUCUUCCUUUAAACCCAAAGCGGGCAUGGCUUGCCUCUGGCUGUUGGCUUCGCUCCCUUUCUUCUCGUCCCCCCUCAUUCCCCUUUCCACCAUAACAAUUUCUUUUGUUUAUUAUCCAUCGUUCUAUAAGUGUCAUUCUCAACCUCCCGGGGACAGUCACCCUUCCUACAUGUUUAAUAGAAGCUUACUGAUUUCAAAGUGCUGGGCCUAUAGUUAUCUGAGAAGCAGUACUGUACUUUACGAUUUAGCCGUGGCUUUCAACAUAUCUACCAAACGUCCAGGCUCUUUCGCGCUUGGAAUAUUCAACAUUUCCAAUCGCAUCUGAAGGACCACAAUGGCUUGACGCAAAGCUCAAAGCCCCAAGUUCGCAUUCUUACCACAUACCAUACAUCUCAGCUUUAUUAGGUCGAGUGCCACGUACACGCCCAUGUACGCAAACGGCCAACGAAUGCACCGUAUACGGUGAAAUGAUAUACCAAUCAAUGGCGCUGAUUAGGUGGCGUUGGCUGGACUUAUAUAGACCUUACGGUAGCUGCUUUGGAGGGAAAUCAAAUUUGUCCAUAGGAACAACCCUGGUAAUUUUCUUAUAUUAUCCC